AACAAAGAGCUAACAGCAUGCUUGUUUCUUUUCGAUUUUUCUUCGCACAUUUUUCGCUUCAUCGUUUGCGCUGCCUUGCUUGCUUGCUGCAGGCAACUAAUCCGUCAGUCAGCGAACUUUCGUCACUUCGGUGGAUUUAGAAAGCGCGUCUAGAUUUUUCCGUUCGCGAUGAAGUGCCACUACGAAGUGCUGGGAGUUAGCCGUACGGCCGACGAUGACGAAAUCAAAAAAGCGUAUCGAAAGUUGGCUUUACGCUGGCAUCCCGACAAGAACCUGGACAACCCGGAGGAGGCCAAUCAGCAGUUUUUGUUGGUGCAGGCUGCUUACGAUGUGCUGUCCGAUAUGCAGGAACGUGCGUGGUACGAUAAUCACCGAGAACAGAUUCUACGCGGUGGCCACACCAAUUACGAAGAUAACUCGUUGGAUUUGUUCCAGUACUUUACGACUGCUUGCUACAAAGGAUUCGGUGACGAUAAGGGAGGAUUUUAUGCCGUUUAUGGUGAGGUGUUCAAUACCAUCGCUUCGGAAGAGAUUGAAUUCCUUGACGAUGAGGAAGAGUUUGAUGCGAUACCAAAGUUUGGUAAUUCUAAGAGUGACUACGAUACGGAAGUCCGACAGUUCUACGGCUAUUGGGAGGGAUUUUGUACGAAGAAAAGUUACGCCUGGCUGAAUCCACACAACAUAAACGAGAUUCGGGAUCGACGAAUUUUAAAAGUGAUUGAAAAGGAUAACAAAAAAGUACAGCAGAAAGCUAGGAAAGAAAGGAACGAAGAGAUUCGAUCGCUUGUCAUGUUCGUUAAAAAGCGCGAUAAGCGGGUGCAGGCCUACAAAAAGCUGUUGGAAGAACGGGCGGAACAGAACCGGAUAAAAUCUCAACAGAAUCGAUUAGAGCAAAUUAGGAGAAAGCAGAAGGAGAUCGAGGAGCAGCAGAAAAACUCGUCCAACGUUUUCAAUGAAGCAUACGAAGAGCAGCUGAGAAAAUUGGAAGAUUCAUAUGCAGCUGUUUCGGAUCAGUCCGCUGAUAAAGAGGAUAAACCACCACAGUCGGUGGCAGAUGCCAUGGCCGGCUUGAUUAUCAGUCAAAAUGAGAACGGAGAAGAAAACUUUUACGUAGAUGAUCUCUAUUGUGUAGCGUGCGAUAAAAUGUUCAACAAUAGGAAAUCAUUCGAGAACCACGAGUCUUCUAAGAAACACAAACAGAACAUACAACUUCUCCGAGAACAAAUGAGGAAGGAAGAUGACGAUUUGGCAUCCAAGAUACAACCAGAAGAAAAAAGUGACCCUGAAGUUAGUGAGGCAGAGUCACUAGAAGUUGAGUCCAAACGCAAGAAGGGCAAAAACAAGAAGAAAGUUUUGAAAAAAGUGCAAAAUUCGGAAGAUAGUAGCGAAGAGCUUGCACAUGAUAUCCCCUUACCGGGUGCUUCGAAGGAACUUGACAGUGGCGACGACUGGUCUGAUUUGAAGAAAAGUAAUAAAAAGGGAAAAUCCAAACCUAAGGAUAAUGCCCAGAAUAAGUCCAAAUUGAGCAAGACGGUAGCAGAAGAAGUUGCAGAACAGCAACCUAAGGCGCAACAGAUUGAAUCGGACGACAAUACACCCAAUGGCGAUAGUCGACCAACAGAACAUAAAUGCGUUACUUGUAACGAUAAAUUUGGUUCUAAAAAUAAGCUAUUUAAUCACUUGAAGCAGACUGGCCACAGUGUAUAUAUUGACAAAUUGAAGGCGCAGAAAGCCGACGCGGAUAAGAGCAAAGGCAGCAAAAAGCGAAAGUAGUGAUACUAAUGUAAAAUAGUUUGUACAUAAAUCAUAGUUCAUACGAUAGCUCUGGCGUUACGUUAGUUUCGCCUUGGAAAGGUGAAAACAUGUAAAUGCACUGCACUGGUUUGCAAUAAAUUAACCAACGGUAUGUCAGUGAAAUCACCUCAUAUCUCCGUUUACCUAAUUUCUCAACAAUGUAACA